AUGCGGUUCAAAAAGUUUGAUGGAGAGGACAUUUUACACAGUCGUCUAUUUGAUGAAAUUAAUUCAAACAGAGAGGGGGAAGCCAUGCAGACCAUGCCGGAAACUGGUGUUCAAGCUGCUCACGUUGCAAUUGAUAUCGCUAUUAAUCUACAACCUAAAUACAGAAACCAUUACACGACCAAAGGUGUUCUGUACAUUCUACGCCUGAGAGACCUGAAGGCUGAAUCUGGACAUGAUCUUGAGGCUUUAAUGCCCGACGUCAUUGACAUAGGUCGCAAAGCACUGGAGGUGUAUGAUCACGUAAUACUGGGAAAACACGGACACAACCUUUACUCUGUGAUUGGCAAAAUACAAGUCAUUGUCCUCCUCCUGAAAAUCGUGAAGUCCUUACCUUGCUUCUAUCUGGAGAAUAGCAGCUACACAAGGUAUCUCGAAGGGGGAAAGAUCCCAACAGGAAUGGCAGACGUGCUUCCGCAAGAAGAUCACAGCUUUAUACAGAGCCUUGGUCAAAUCUUUCUGGACACACUUAACGAACUUUUUCAGGAUGUCAAAUACAAGCUGCUGACCACCUGUGAUGAAAAUGAAACAAGGCGCCUAAGCUGUACAAAUGUCAGGGCAUGCAAGUUGCGAAGAGAAUUUUACGAGAUCACUGAAUUUGACCGGAGUGAGAUUGUGGAUACCCAAGAGGACUUAUUAUCCCAGGCUAAAGAGGCAGCACUCCACCAUAGGCAAGUGGUACAAGAUGUCCUUUUCAGGGAAAAUGAAAUAUCUUAUAGCGCCUGGUGCAACCUUGAUGACGAGGCAAUUUUAAGAAUUUAUCAUCUCCUAAAACAAGUUUUUCAGCGGGGUCGUGGAAACCAUGACGACAUGGUGAUUUUCUGUCGAGCCUGCUUGCGUUUACAACAAACGAAAGUACCAGUUGAAGAACUCGAGAGUGUUGUGCAGAAGUGGGUGAAGAGGAAUCCUGAUUCAGAAUGGGCGCAUCUUUUUAACUAUAUGAUCCAUUUCCCAAUUCCAAAUGGAAGUUUGGCAACCAAUACUUCUGAGGCAUCAAAGUCUGUCGAAAAAUGUUGGAGAAACGUUCGACAGAGGCGAGGCAUGGGUGCUCGUAAAUCCGCUACAGAGUACUUUCUUGGAAAUGGCAUGGGGCUCUCUGCCAUAGUAAGCCGUCAACAGUUCCCAGAGCUAGAGAAAAAGCUGGAAUCAAAAACUGACUUCUGGAGAAGCAAAGAAGUAUCCGAGACACUCUUGCGAGUACGAGGUCAAAAGAAGUCAAAGGGAAUCAUAACAUAUCACGGAAUUCAACUUCAUUUUGACGACUCACUUUAUCCAAGAGAGAGUAAAGACGACCUCUGGUUUUAUGUUGGCUUCUCAGUCGCUGGUCCUUAUGCAUUUGAUCCUAUCGACAAGGACACUUAUAAUUCCAUCAUGAACAGGAAGCAAGGGAAAAGAAGAACACCACACUCAUCUAUGAGGAAGUCAAAGUUUGGUGGUAAUGCUGCAAAGAGUGUUGUUCCAUCGAGAAAAAAAAACCAAAAGGUCAAUCAGCUAAGAAGAAUUCCUGCUAAUGUAGAAGCCCACACCUCUUUUCAGGACGGUAAAAAGCUACCAAGGGAACUUGCCUCCUGUCCAUCUGGAUCGGAAAUAUACUCCAAGUCAGCCAAUGAAGCUCUUGAUUUGCCUUUAGCUGCCAGUAACGAGUCUCCGAAGUCUGGAAUGACGGCUGCUUCAACAGGCACCCACAAAGACGGUGCAAAUACCACUCAGAUAUGUACUUACGCAACUGUGGUAAAGCAAACAGCUGCAAAAACCCAGGCACAAGGUCUGAAACCUAGCCAGUUACCCAGCAGACACACUUUGGUUCCUCAAAAAGGUGGCUCAUGGAAAGCCGUCGAAGGGACCCAGGGAGGAGUGACGCAGGAGUUCCAGCCAACACAAGUUGAUCAGGAAGGAAGACUUCACCAUGGUUUUAAGGUUCUAGGGGCGUUUAAGUCUGUAGAAUGCAGGAUUCACAAAGGCCCUCGUUCCCUCCUUUCCGAUAUCGAUGAUUGUAGCUUUGCACAUUCAUGGAAGGGGGAUACGCGGCAGUUUGUAUGUAUCAUGUGCACACGAGAAAGAAAGUGUUGCAGACAAAAAGAGGAACAUAAAAAGUUUAUUUGGGACUUAGGCCCCUAUCUUAACGAAAACGGUACCUUAUUGAGAAACCCCUACGCCUGA